AAGCGCCGCCAUGUUUCGUCCAGCUUUGUGUUGUCCAGUUUCCAUAGAGGAGGGAGGCAGCAGGACGCGGUAACCUGCAGGAGGCUCACAUGGUCCUGCUGCAGCGGAGCGCGGACCACCGGGACUCUCCGCGCCUUUUGAACCUUCUUCUCCCGUCUCCUCUCAAACAUUUCUCCCGCCGCAUCCUCCGUUCCCGCGCAGCCCCGCGGCAGUCAGACUCGAGCCGGUAAAGCAGCGACAUGGCUCGGGAGAACGGAGACACCGGCGGAGGAGGGACGUGGAAAAAACAAGUCGACGACAUCAAGAAGAUCUUUGACUUCAAAGAAGUCCUCGGAACGGGGGCGUUCUCUGAAGUGGUUCUGGCCCAGGAGAAGUUGAGUGGCCGGAUGUUUGCGGUGAAGUGCAUCCCGAAGAAGGCGCUGAAGGGAAAGGAGAGCAGCAUCGAGAACGAGAUCGCCGUGCUGAGGAAGAUCAAGCAUGAGAACAUUGUGGCUCUGGAGGACAUCUACGAGAGCCCGGACCACCUCUACCUGAUCAUGCAGCUGGUUUCCGGCGGCGAACUGUUCGACCGAAUAGUGGAAAAAGGAUUUUACACAGAAAAGGAUGCGAGCACGCUGAUCCGUCAAGUCCUGGAUGCUGUCAACUACCUGCACAAGCUGGGCAUCGUCCACCGAGACCUGAAGCCCGAGAACCUGCUGUAUUUUAACCCUCAAGAUGAAUCCAAGAUCAUGAUCAGUGACUUUGGUUUGUCUAAGAUGGAAGGCAGCGGUGACGUCAUGUCCACAGCCUGCGGCACACCGGGAUAUGUGGCUCCAGAGGUUCUGGCUCAGAAGCCCUACAGCAAAGCGGUGGACUGCUGGUCCAUUGGAGUGAUCGCCUACAUCCUGUUGUGUGGAUAUCCUCCGUUCUACGACGAGAACGAUUCCAAGCUGUUUGAGCAGAUCCUCAAAGCCGACUACGAGUUUGACGCUCCGUACUGGGAUGACAUAUCAGACUCCGCCAAGGAUUUCAUCAGCUGCCUGAUGGAGAAAGAUCCAGCCAAGAGAUUCACCUGUGAGCAGGCCCUCAGACACCCUUGGAUCGCUGGGGAUACGGCUCUGUGCAAGAACAUCCACGAGUCCGUUAGCCGGCAGAUCAGAAAGAAUUUUGCCAAGAGCAAGUGGAGGCAAGCGUUCAAUGCCACGGCUGUGGUGCGGCACAUGCGGCGACUGCAGCUCGGCAGCAGCAUGAACAGCAGCAUGGACGGCUCCAACCCCUCACGGCAGGGCCAGGUGCAGAGGCCGGCCCAAAACCAGAGCCAGACCGGCCAGAGCCAAAACCCCGCCCAGGUGGCGCAGAGCACCACCAGCACCGCCAGCAAAAACUCCAUAGACAACAACACAGCAGCUUCGCGCAAGGAAUGCACACCUGCACCCGUCACUCCCUGCAGUCUGGCGUCCGCUGCUUCUUCUCCAGCUGCAGGGACGGAGCUAAACCGUCCCUGUCCCUCUGCCGUCCCUGCCCCCGUCCUCACGGAGACCAAGUGACGCCAGGUCCCGCGGGGCGCCAGCUGGGAGGCCACAGCACUGUGAAACAGAGAGGGAGAGAUGGAGGAAGACCGCGCUCUUCUUCGUCCUCCUCUUGGAUGUGCCCCCCCACACCCACCUAGUGCCCCGCCCUGCUCGAAGAAGAGCAGAGGACUGUACUUCCACCUGCCCACCAACUUCAGCCGUAAGCCGACCAGGAGCGCGUGCAGCGUCCUGCAGCAGGAGAUCCACCUCCUUCCUGUCCUGCUGCAGCGCCUCCUGCUGGCACCCCAUGGUUCAGUCAGUCCACUUCCCUCCUGAAUCUGGUCUUUCCUGCUCCUAUUAAGCUGUUGGCAACUGGAUCCUAUCAUUUUUGUGCAGUUGUUGUUACUUUAAAGGGUGCUUGUGCAACGCGUAGCAUACAUGUCAUCGUUCAUACAAUAAUUCAUCUGAACCCUCAUUUAUAGCUAAGAUUUUCUGACCGUAUUUUCCGGAGUAUACGUCACAAGAGCAUAAAAUGUCUAAUCAAGAAGAAAACCCUAUAUAAGUUGUUCUGAAGUAUAAGUCACACUUUUGGGAGAAAAGCCUGAUGUUUCAGAACAAAUCUGUCAACCCCGGCAUAGCUAAAAAUAAAUAAAUGCAUACAAGAAUACUGAUCUUUGAUCUGUAUAAAAAAAUAUCAAAGUUUAAGAAGAAAACAAUCAGAUUCUCUUCCAUGUAAGUUUUGGACGACACCACGUCUGAAGCUAUCAGUAAAAAAUACUUAUACUCAGAUGCAGCAUCCUCAAGUGGUUGUUAGAGGAAACAACUGCUAAAAGUCAACGGGUGUUUUCUGGCAAAAUAACAAAUAUAUGAGCCUAUUUAAAAAAGAAAAUAACCAUAAAUAAGUCGAUCCUGGGUACAAGUCGCACCCCUGGCUAAAAUAUGGAAAAAACUGUGAUUAUACUCCGGAAACUACGGUAAGCAUCACAGAAUAACAAACGACUUGGUUUUCCUGACAACAUGAUUCUUAAAAACAUGUAGAUACACUUCUUUUAAAGCCAUUUCUCAUUUUUGUUCAUCAAAAGCUCUGCCGUCUAAAUGCAAGGCAAACAUUGAAGCUAUGUUCACACCAGGUUUGUGUGGUGCGUUCAAGAGCGUGGGGUUUUUGGAUGCCAAAGCCAGAAAAGUGCAUCUACAUAGACUUUAUGCUGACAGAGGACGUUGGAACGUUAACCUCUGAGCCCAGUGUGAACCUAGCAUGACAGUUUGAGUAAGUCACAGUCAAAAAAACUGUUUCACAAUCAAGCUAUUGAAUGGAAAUUUGGAGAGAAGAAAUCCAUAGUGAAUUGAAUCGGCAGUGAUUCCACGUCCUCUUCAGAAAUGUGCUUUCACAUUUGUUUCCUUCAUUUUGCUCCCACUGAUUUGAAUCCAUCUUCAAAGCAGAGAUGCUAAGCAGAGGCUGGCUGUCUCCCAACUCUUGUUUACACACAUUUUAACGAUGAUUCUCCUUUAUGAAAAUGCUACACAGAGCACCUUUAAGACAUUUUCUGUGUCCUUACGGGCUUGUUUGUUCUCUGUCUGUCUGUGCUUGAAAAAGUGCUUUAAAGAUACCAUAUGACUGUUGACAUGUGACGAGGCAGGAAGCGCUUUAUUGGUUUGUUUUUUUUUCUCUCAGCGGCUCAGAAAUGUUAUCAAAUUAGCUGCCAUGUACAUAUGUUUCACAGAGAGGGGCGGCUUGUCGUCUGAAAUGUUUAAUAUUUGCUUUAUAAAAGUUUAUAACAAUCACCCUUUAAGGGAUGUGCAUACAGGUUCCUAAGAAACAUGCAGCCAUGGAGAGAAGACAGAGCGCUACGUUUCUGUCAGAACUGCCUCAGAUGGAGAAUGUAGCGUCUUGUUUUUGGUUGUGUCAAACCGGUGAGCUUUGCCAUAGGAUUUAAUGCGUACAGCACAUCACGUGUUGGAAAUCUCGUUACGCACUUCUGGAUACUCUCCUGUGGUGGCUACACUGCCCUCUUGUGUUUGGAAGCAGAAGCUUCUGGUUGGCCUGACGCAGAGCCACAGUCUGUGCUUUAGUUACACAGUGUAAAUAAAUUGCACCCAAAGGA